UCAGCACUGGUCAAGAUUGGAAUGCAGAGUCAUCUACUAAAGCUGCAACUCUUCUGACUUCAAUCACGCAGUUCGAGUUUAUAAUGGCGUUAGUAGUAGCACAUGCUUGCUUUGGCUUUGUGAAGGGUUUGACAGUUUCCUUGCAAGGCAGAUCCCAAGACAUCUGCUCCGCCUAUGUUGAAGUUGAUAGCGUCAAGACUGCUCUGUAUGAAGUAAGAGUAGACAUCCAUACUUUCCACAAAAAAUUGUACGCCACUGCAGUUGGUUUGGCGGAGACAAUCAAUGCUUCAUUGCCUUCAAUUCCACGCCGUUGCGCUCGACAGAGUUUUAGAAGUAAUGUGCCGGCCCUAAUCUCGGAAGAUUACUAUAGAAGGGAUUUAACAGUUCCAUUUCUGGAUGAAAUGAUAGCACAUAUUAAUAGUCACUUCUCUGAAAUUCAGAAGAAUGCGACGAUGGCUCUGUCGCUCGUUCCGUCUGUUCUAAUGAGUCCAGAGCAGGAGCAAAGCACGACGGACCUUGCACACCACCUUGCCGAGUUCUACGCGGACGACCUCCCCAAUCCAUCAACACUUCAGCAGGAGCUACACGUAUGGAAGUGUAAGUGGAAGAGCUUCUCAGCUGAGCGACCUUCGUCGCUUUCAAAGUCUCUUUUCCAUGCUAACGAUUUCAAACAUCCGCCAAUUGUUGCGAAUUGUCUCUACCUUGCCAGUCACCAGCUGUGAAUGCGAGAGGAGCAUUAGCGUUCUACGGAGGCUUAAGACAUACAUGCGUACAACAAUGGCUGAGGAGAGACUGACUGGGUUGGCACUCAUGCACGUUAACUAUGGCAUGGAUCUGAAUUUAGAUGAAAUCAUUAACAUAUUUUCUAGACAACAUCCUCGUAGAAUGCUUCUGCAGGAUACUUUAGUUAGUGACAAAGAAGGUUCAGAGUAAUAGA